UAUAUAUCUAUUGCUAUGUACAUUAUUCCUUCUGAAGGGCCUCAAGGGCUUCCUUCCGGGCAACGACUUCUUCGUUGACCUUGGUAGUCACGUAGUCGCCGACGAGCGCAAACACAAAGGUCGAGCCGCCGAUGUAGUAUCUGGCCUUCACGGGAAGACUGUUCCAUUUCGCAAGGAGUCCCAUGGCGCGUGCGGUGUGGUGUGGUGUGGUGUGGACAGCGGGCAGGUUGGGGAGAGUAGGUGGUGUGCUCAGAGAUAAGUGGCCUGAAUUCUUUUGUGCGUGGUGCGUGAGAUCGAGACGGACGGCAUGGCAGGCGAUGAGAAAGAGAGAGAUAGAUCAGACAAAGACAAGUCCGGCAGACUGACCGCGAGAGUGCUACAGAAAGAAAAGAAAUUACACAAGAGAGCAAUGUCCGACUUGCCCGUCAAUACACGACUCUGUGUGACAAAGACCGAGUUACCACCCUGCUGCCUCCAGGUACAUCCGGAUGGGGUCCAUGUGCUCUUGGGUACCUACAAGUUGGAGGAGUCGUCCGGGACACGACACGGAAGUGUGGACGUGUACCGGAUUGGUGACCAACUGAUGGAGAAGGUUUCAAGCGUGGCGACUAAGGGUGCCGUGCUCGACGUGAAGAUCAGUCCCUUUGACCCGUCGUUUGUGGUGACGGCACAUUCUACGGGGAAUUUGAUGUGCUGGAGAUUUGAUAGCCAGGGCCUGGGAUUGGGACUGGGACUGGUGGAGGAAGUUAGUGAUUGGCAGUUAUUUGCCCCGGACAAUCUCGUGACAUCCGUCAUCAUGUCUCCGUUGGAGGCCGGGGUCGCCUUGGCCACCCUCACCAGUGGAGAACUGGCAGUGAUUGACCUUGUCGCGGGGGUUGUACGUACGACGUUUGACGCCACCCCGCACGAUCUUGAGUGUUGGACCGGGGCAUUUGGAGAGGUUGGUGAGCUUUCACACGUUGUGUUCACCGGAGGUGAUGAUGCCAAGUUGAUGGCCCAUGAUCUCCGAACCGAGGAGCACGUGUGGUCGACUUCCAUGCGUCAUCACACGGCAGGUGUGGUAUCGAUCCUCGCGCCGGGCGACCGUUGGAACCACCAGAACCUGCACCAACUCUGGACCGGGUCUUACGAUGACACUCUCCGUGUGUUGGAUCUCCGGGUCAUGGACUCCACUAACCCAUCGUUGGUGCCUGGAUGGAUCCCCAAGGUUGUACAAGAGGAGAACUUGGGCGGCGGUGUUUGGCGGCUUAUUCCAAGCAAGGUCGACGGAGAUGACCGGGUGCUUGCGUGCUGUAUGUACGACGGGGCCCGCAUAGUGGAGACCACCGCGACUGGCGACGGGUUUGCCGUCAAGAGCUAUUUCAAGGGAGACCACGAGAGCAUGUGCUACGGGGGUGAUUGGGCCCCGGACGGCAAGCUGGUGGUGACAUGUUCCUUCUACGACAAUGUCGUACAACAAUGGGAGCCGUAGCUGGUUUCAAAGCCGGACGGCAGGGUAGAUAGAUUUCACAUAGAAACACGUAGAGUUCACGGA